AUGGCGACCAAGGAAAAAAAGAUUCUGCAACAGCUAACGCGUACUUACAACGAUCGAGCGAGUAUUAUACAAGGUUUCGUUAAUUUCAUCACGAAGUACGAUGCAUUAGUGCAUAGUGUAGAAAUAGAGACACGGUUACAAGGUUUAGAAGAUGCAAAGUUGGCGUUUGAAGUGGCUCGAGAUAAGCUUCUGGUCGAGAAUGAUGAUUGUGAUUCGGAGCAAUUGCGAAUUGAUCGUGAGUUAUUCUACCAGCAGUACUACCAAGUGAAGGGUUUUUUGAACAACAAAAUGGCCGAGGAGAAUAUUACACGUCUGGACACGAGUGUCCGAUUCGGUGGGAACAGUACCUUGUCGCAAACAUUACACGGAGCGUCGCGAGUGAGAUUGCCAAAGAUGGAAUUACCGACAUUCAGUGGUGAAAUAACGCAAUGGCUCACUUACAAAGACAGGUUUACAUCGAUGGUGCAUGAUGUCGCCGAUUUGUCUGACGUGUUAAAGCUCCAGUAUUUGUUAGCGUCACUGAAGGGGGAAGCAGCGCAGCAGUUUGACCAUGUGCAGUUGAUCGACGGCAAUUAUGCCAGCACAUGGAAGGCCCUAACGGAUCGCUAUGAUAAUUCCAAGGUGACCAGGCGAGAGUACUUCAAGGCGUUAGUGCACCUGGAGCCGAUGACGUCGGAUAGCGUAUCAGAGCUUACGCGUGUUGUUAACGAGAUCAAGCGUCUGGUUAGAGGAAUGGAACGUCUUAAGGAACCAAUCACUCACUGGGAUACACCACUAGUCGCAUUGACCAUGCUGAAGCUGGAUAAGCAGCAGUUGCUGGAGUGGGAGAGGGCGUCAGCCGAUGCGACGGAAGACAAGUACAAGAUGAUGAUAGAAUUCCUCGAGAAGCAGACGAAGAUGUUCAACAACGUUUCGAGUCAUAGUAUCAGAGUUAUCAUCACGAAAUCGGUAAACUAUCUGGAAAGGCACUUGGGCGUAUCAGUCAGCCGAGAGGUUCACAAGCGGUCGCAAUGGCAUGUACGGCAGAAGCUCGAGGAGAAAAUAUGGCUAGGUGUUCACUAUCUGAACAGUAAUAGCCACGGUAUCCAUCAAGAAGGUCGAUUGACAAGGGGCAAGGAUCAAGUCACCAUGAUCAAUGCCAUGGCCCGAGGUGAUACCAAGAAAAGUAUGGUGUGGCUGUCUACAGUGCAAGUACUAAUUAGUAACUCCUGGGGAGUAGAAGUUCCUGUAAGAGCACUGCUCGACCAAGGUUCGCAGUGUAACUUCAUCUCGGAAGCAGUGGCGCAACAGUUAAGGCUGAAGAAAAGGCGGGUGCAGAGACCACUUUCUGGUGUUGGAGCGGCAGUGUUCAACGUGGAAACCUUGGUGUCGGUAGACGUUAAAUCUCGUAACUCAUCGUAUGCAGCGUGUUUGGAGUGUUUGGUGCUUCCGAAGGUUACGGCGAGAUUCCCAGCGCAAUACAUCGAUAUCAAAGGGUGGAAAAUUCCAGAAGACUUGCCGCUAGCAGAUCCAGGGUUCAACCAGCCAGAGAAGAUAGACCUACUGAUUGGUGCAGAAAUAUUCGGAGAGUUGUUACAACAAGGACAACUAAGAUUGGCACCACAUCUACCCAUGCUUUUAGAAACGAAACUUGGCUGGAUAAUUAGUGGACGUGAAGUAUGUAAGGGUUCCAUCGAGUCUUCGGUUACACUAGCUAAUUGCGUAUUAUCGGAAGAAAAUCUAAAUGCAGCCAUGGAACAACUAGUAAUGCUCGAAAACAUACCGGAGGAAAGAGUUCAGUCCAGCGAAGAGGAAGCUAUGGAACAGUGGUAUCUACACACGACCACACGAGAGAAAACUGGACGUUAUGUAGUCGAACUCCCCAAGAUACCUCAGUACGAGGAAAGGCUAGGUGAUUCCAUGCAAGGUGCCGUAAAACGAUUUGCAUCAAUAGAAAGGCGUUUGGCACGAGACAACAGACUCAAGGAGCAAUAUAGCGAGUUCAUGGAAGAAUACCUUCGACUGGGUCACAUGACCGAAGUUUCAUCCGCUGAGAAGGAGCAUAUGGAGGGAAGUCGUUAUUAUCUACCUCAUCAUGCGGUGUUGAAACAAGCGAGCACAACUACAAAGUGCCGCGUGGUAUUUGAUGCCUCGCAUAAGACCAGCACGGGAACAUCAUUGAAUGACAUCCUUCUUAACGGUCCGCAGCUACAAGAUGAUAUUGUAUCAAUUCUUCUUCGUUUUAGGAUGAGAAGAAUAGGGGUUGUUGCCGAUGUGGAAAAAAUGUACAGGCAGGUUCUAGUGUCACCGGCAGACAGAAAUCUACAAUGCAUCCUCUGGCGCAAAGAAGGGUCGGAAAACGUCUCAACUUUCCAAUUGAACACCAUAACGUACGGAACGGCCUGCGCUCCUUAUUUGGCCAUUCGAACAUUGCGGAAAAUAUUCGAAGAUCACGAAGAAAGCCAUCCGAAGGCUAUGUGUUGGUACAACGACUUUUACGUCGACGAUCUUCUUAGUGGUGCUGAUACAGAAGAAGAAGUUCAACAGAUUCGGAGUCAGCUGGUUGAGAUGCUUGGUAGCGCUGGCUUCAGAAUUCGAAAAUGGGCUUCGAAUGAGGCAAAUGCCUUGAAAGAUGUUCCGAAAGAAGACCUAGCUGUGAGCGAAGAAGUGAAUAUUGAAGGAGCAGGUGUUGGCACGUUAGGACUGGUGUGGAAGCCAAAUCUCGAUGUCUUCAGCAUUCGGGUACCGGUUAUAGAUACAUCCAAGCCGAUUACGAAACGGAACGUGCUGAGCAACCUGGCCAAGAUGUAUGAUCCUCUUGGAUUUUUAGAUCCGAUCAAGAUGAAAGGGAAACUACUGAUGCAAACCCUAUGGACACUGAAGGAGCCUAAUGGAAGAACGUGGUCGUGGGAUGCAGAACUACCAGAGAAGAUCCAAUCAGAGUACAGUGUAUUCUCCGGCAAGUUGAACCUGUUGGAUGGCAUUGUCGUUCCACGGUACCCGAAGUUGGGCACCAAUUGGCAAUAUCACAUUUUUUGUGAUGCUUCCGAGCGAGGCUACGGUGCGUGUGUCUACAUUCGAAGCGGCUCAGUUACGAAAGGAUUCAAUAUCAGUUUGAUCAUAUCAAAGUCGAAGGUGGCACCGUUAUCGAAAAAACUGGUGAUCGCGAGGUUGGAGUUGUGCGGAGCACUUUUGGCGAGUCGGUUGUAUCAGUUCAUUCGUAAUGCACAGCUGCAAGAAGCACCAUGUUUCAUCUGGACGGAUUCGAUGACCACUUGGCACUGGAUAAAUGGGUCCCCGCAUACCUGGAAGACGUUUGUGGCCAAUAGAGUAGCUAAGAUCCAGACCCUGACAAAGCAUUGCGUUUGGCGACAUGUGCCUGGGUUGCAGAAUCCAGCUGACCUCGUGUCACGAGGUUGUGAUCCAGAUGAUUUCUGCAAGAACUCGCUGUGGUGGUCGGGGCCAGAAUGGUUGGCACUAAAUGAAGAAAAUUGGCCGGACCCACCUGAGACAGGAGCAUCACCGGAGAUAGUUACAAUAGCGAUUGAAGAGGAGCGAGCUGCAGCCAGUGCAUCAACUGAGUCGUCAGAAAAGAAGAAAAUGUUUAGUGAACAUUUGUUCAAGCGAAUAUCGUCGUACACUACUCUAUGUCGAGUUGUAGCAUAUUGUAUGAGAUUUGGGACGGCGAUGAAAUCGAAACGAAAGCAGCUUUCUACGAGUCUGUCAACGGAGGAGAUAUUAAAUGCUGAAAUUCGCAUAAGUCGGUUGGCUCAAGUGGAAGUAUUUUCGGAAGAGAUAAAGCAGUUGCGAAAGGGUGAUCGAGUACCUGGAAAGUCACCAUUAUCAACGCUUGCCACUUAUCUGGACGACCAUGGUUUAGUACGAGUGAAGGGGAGGCUGGAUAAUUCAUCAUUGAGCGACUGGACGAAACAUCCGAUAGUUAUCCCGAAGACGCAUCAGCUAUCAGAACUAAUUCGGUACAAGAGUGGAGCAGCUCGAGUCGUAUCACCUGGCGAGUUAUUCCUCCUCGUGCUCCGCAUUUCGGUGGACUGUGGGAAGCAGCGGUACGUUCAAUGA